GAACGGCGGCCUCGGAAGCCGGCGAGCGAAGGGGAAACCGCUGGUAAAGUAGAUACAUUUACUGGGGAGGAGCGAUUUGGGGGGGCUAGGAUUAAAAUCACCAAGCUUUUGCGGUUCUUGCAGCAGCCACUAACCGGUCCUCAUGGGUAUGCCAUGCUUACAGGGACUAUGAUUUGUGCCCAAUGCAAGGAUGGCCAGGUUUUCCUUUUCGAUUAUCUGUUAAAUGGAAUUAAAGUGACAAUGACCUGCCCGGGCAGUGACGAGCAGCUAACAAUGUCGAGAGAGGAGACGACUAACUAGUUAGGCAACUACGCCAUGAGGUUGGAUGGCACACCCAACUUGAGCAGCUGCUAUGCCCAGGUCUCGGGCAAAGGUCCGCCCGAGCAGUUAUGGCACACCCGACUUGAGCGGCAACCACAAACUUUUGUAAUUUUAUGUGUCAUCCAGUGUUUUAAAAUGCGUAUAGCGUAAUGUAUCGCAUUUUGGUCUUUAUACUGCGUAUCAUAAAUAGCGUUACGAAAACUAUUUGGGUAUGAAAAA